AUGGCACGACGAUCUUGGCGAUGCCGUGGGCAGCAGUAUUGCAUGCGACGGGUGGACGCGGUCAUAACUUCAACCGUUCAUAGUAAGCGUGCGUCGAUAACGAUCUGGAAGACUUAUGGUCUGUGGGAGGCGGAUUUUUGCAGAUCAUCGUUCUCAUGUAUCGCUCCAACGAGAAUUCUCCGCGAGGAGCGAGGACGGACGCCUGACGAGCUGCGCCCGCGCACGCAGCCGCAUGAUGCACGACACGAAUAA